AUGACCCCUCCGGGCUCGGUAAAGCUGAUCGGUCAAAAUGGGAAAAUCAUCUCAUACCCCAAGCCAACAGACGACUACGAUGAUCCGCUAAACUGGUCGUUCCGCCGCAAGGCCAUCCACUUUGGCAUCAUCCUCAUCUACGUCGGCGUCACCUUUGCCUCUGUCGACCUCUCCCUGCUGCGCGACUCGCAGCUCGCCAUUGAUCUCUCCAUGAACGCCUCGCAGCUCGCCGUCUCGACCGCCUUCCGCUACAUCGGCAUGGCGCUCACCGCCGCGCUCUUCAUCCCGUUCGCCUACAAGUACGGCCGGCGGCCCGUGUACCUGCUCUCGCUGCUCAUCCAGCUCGCCGCCGCCAUCUGGAUGGGCCUCGUGCGCCACACGUGGGAGUACCGCGCGGCCAACCUCCUCACGGGCGCGGGCGCCGUCGUCGCGCAGGCGCUCAUGCCCAUGACCAUCACCGACCUCUUCUUCACGCACCAGUUUGCGUCCGCCUACGGCGCCGUCGUGUUCGCGCAGGGCGUCGGCUGCUUCGUCGGCCCGAUGCUCACCUCGGAGAUUGUGUCGCGCCACGGCGGCGACUGGCGCUGGAUGCCGUGGGCCAUGGCGGCCACGUUUGGCGCGACGGCCGUGCUCGUCUUCUUCGGCGUCGAGGAGUCGACGUUUGUGCCCAACAUUGACAACCAGGUCGCCGCCAAGACGCGGCAGGAGGAGGCCGAGAACAACUUUUACAACCGCCCCGUGUCGUACGCCGCCAGCAGCCGGUACAGCACCGCAGACGACGCCGCCGACGUGCUGGACCUUGUCGACAUGAACCGCAGGGCGGCCAGGACCAGCGCUGCGUACCUCGACCUGCCGCCCGGCCCGCGGCCGCUGCGGCAGCGCUUCGCCUUUGUCACGCCCACCGGACGGCCGAUCCGCCAGCGCUUCCUGUCUGCGUUUGUGAUUCUCGGCCUGUUUCCAGGCGUCGUCUACGCCGCGCUCACAUACGGCUUCCUCAUGGCCUGGCUGUCCAUGUUCGCCCAGGUCGUGCAGCUGCAGAUGACGCAGGCGCCCUACAACCUGGACCGGCGCGGGCUCGCGCUGCUGGAUCUCGGCCCGCUGCUCGGCCACUUUCUCGGCAGCCUCAUCGUGCCCCCGCUGAGCGACUACUGGAUCGCGGCGAGGGCGCGCCGCAACGGCGGCGUCUACGAGCCCGAGAUGCGUCUCUGGUUCGCCCUGGGUGGCGGUGUGUUUGUCGCCGCGGGCAUCUUGAUCUUCGGGCUCGGCAUCGCAGACAAAGCCCCGAUUGCCAUCCUGCUGAUGAGCUACAUCUUCUUUUCGUUUGGGUACGCCAUAUGUCAAGAAACCAGCCUGACCUACAUCACCGACUGCUACCACAACAUGAUUGGCGAUGCCAUGGUCGGAGUCGUAUUCUUCCGCAACACCGUGGCGGUCAUCCUAUGGAUUGGCAUCAUGCCGCGAAUAGAUCCCGCGCGCAUCAACUGCAUCUUCAUCUUUGUCUCUACCGCGGCAUCUGUCGUGCUGAUCAUUCCCGUCCCACUGCUCAUCUGGGGUCGCAAGGGCCGCGCCCUCACGGCGUCCAAGUACAGGGAGUACUCGCUCGCAGCGACACCGCCGUCGACGCUGAAGAAGAUAAUGGGAGAUCGGUGA